AUAUAUUAAAAAAUCGAACGACACUUGAUUUGACCCUCCAUCGAUCACAAAAAAAUUUUUUUGGAACUACAGAAAAGACGAUUACAUAUGGGAUAAAUGUUUCUCAACUUGGAUGUUUGUUGUUUUAUGGAUAAAAUUUCAUCAAAAAGAGUGAGAUCUACAAGGCCACACUUUUCUAAAGUUUGAUUUUUGCUAAUUGUGUUGACGAUGGCAGAGCGGGAAAGUGUGCCGCUAUUAUUGGGGUUUAUUCUCUUUUCGAUUGCAAGAGAAAUUCUCGUCGAAAGUAGAGGCUGUAACAACACUACUCAAGGUCCAUAUAACUGCAAGUGUGCGAGUUUCUGCUCUCUCAGUCGCAUUAAGAGAUGCUACUUUACUAGAAAAAGAAUUCAGGCUUUAUGUGUUUGCAAGGAGGGUCAUACAGGUGCUCAAUGCAACCAAUGUAAAAAUGGAUGGUACCAGAAUGGUAAUUUCUCAGAUCCCACAAACGUUUGCAUUCCCUGUAAUUGCACAGGAAACUUAGAUCUUACUAAAAUAAACAGUUGUGACCAGGUUACUGGAAAAUGUAUAAAAUGUGCAUCAAAAACAGCAGGAGAACAUUGUGAGCGUUGUGCCAGUGGUUUCUAUGGAGAUGCUGUUGUUGCAAAGAAUUGUACGGUGGAAUAUAAGGCUUCACAUCAAGGUACAGCAUGGCAUGUCAAUAAGGAAGCAAUUGUGAUAGCUACUUGUUCGUCAAUUGGUGCAGUUUGCAUAAUAGCUAUAGCGUAUCUCAUCUAUCAGAGACAUAAAAGAUUCUUAACAAAAGGCCGUAUACCUAAAUUUUGGACUGUGGAAAUCUCGAAUCGCAACUAUGAUGAUCUAGACUUUUCGCUUCUUGAUCCUGUGACAGACACUCCAUUUGUAUACCGUAACGACACUAGAGACUUUGAAGAAGCUUUGAUAGCAGAAGAUUCAAAAGCACAGUUACGUAUAGAUGUGGAUACAUACACUGCAGAGUUUGAAGACACAUCAUUUUGAUGAUGAGUUUACAAUUAUUACAUCAUAUAAUUUAUUUUGUUCAUUUAUACAUGAUUAAGGUUGUGUUCUUGUUUUGUAAAAUUGCAGAUUUUGACAUUGUCAUCACUGCACAGAUCACAAUUUUGCCAGUAUCUUUUUAUAGAGUAUUGCCAAGCUUUAAUAGUGGCAAACUCCAAGCUAGCUGCCWUCAGUUAAAUUAUGACUGUUGCUAAAUGUGUGACAUUAUUUAUAUUUGGUAAACAUUGUGUGCUGUAAUCAUAAGUCCAAAUUGAAUGACGGUUAGUUCUUCAUGCUUUUUAAAUCUUGGGCAWUAUAAUUGAUUGAAAUAUUGAUUUGUUUUAUAUGCAAUUUACCAAAAUCAAAAUAGAUUAGUUUAUUGCAUUUAAAUCAGUUUUACCAAGGAUACAAAUGUGUGCAGGGAACAAAGAGCAUAAUGUCUUUUUAUGUCUGUCAGGUUGUUAUAUAAGGAGACAACUUGAUAAAAAGAAUAUAAUAUUCUUAUAAGUGGAGCUAUAAAAAYGUUUUCUUAGUGGAGUAUUUUUAGAAAUAAUUCUUUUAUAAAUGUGAUUCAAUUUUAAUCCCAUCACAAUAAGYGUUAUCUGUGACAUUUUAAUUUUUAGUAAAGAUAUUAAUAAUUAUAACUCUUCAUAUUUAACCUGUGAGACAACGUAUCAUACUUUAGUAAAAUCCAAAUGAAUGUCACUACAACAGUUUGGAAUAAAACCAAAACGAGUUUGAUAAUAGUAUUGCAAGUCCAUUAUAAGUCAACAAAGAACAACAUUUGAUAAGGCUAUAAGGUUAUGUCCAAAAUAAACUAUAGUUUUGUUAUUUGAAGAGGAUGAAUUAGUMUUUUACUGGUUAUCAGUGUGUUGAAAUUUGAAGGAUAAUUUUGUAGUAUAUGUUAUUCAUUACUAAGUUGAUAAAUUAUUGAUGUAGAAAUGUUCAAGCCAUAUAGAAAUCUUUUUGUGUUUUAACUGUUUGUGGUCUGUAUAACAAGAAAAAGGCUGGUUUCCACAGAGUAAAUUAUACUUUUAUCUUUUAUGUAGUGUGAAAACCAGCCAUUUGAGAAACAACUCUGUCAUUUAUCUGCAGAUAAGGCUUCSACAGUUUAAGUCUCACUGUAAAACASACCAGUACAUCGUUAAACUUGAAUUGUUGAUAGCUACAAUACAUAUAGUAUAGCUACAUUUAGAAUGUCUUACGUAAUUCAAAAAAUAAAAAUUCAAUCACUCACA